AUGACCAAAUAUGGGUUUCCAACUAGAAUCCACAGUGACCAGGGAGCCAACUUUGAUGGGAACAUCAUCAAGGAGCUGUGUAACAUCACUGGUAUGAAGAAGUCCCGAACAACCCCUUACCAUCCUAUGGGUAAUGGCAUGUGUGAGCGUUUUAAUAGGACAUUGAUGGAUAUGCUCGGAACCUUGAAUCCCUCACAGAAGUCCAACUGGAAGGCCCAUGUACCAUCAUUAGUUCAUGCCUACAACAGUACCCGACAUGAGAGCACAGGACAGUCUCCAUAUUUCCUCAUGUUUGGAAGAGGGUCCAGGCUUCCUGUGGACUUGGCCUUUGGACUUGGAGACAAAGAAGAGAAAACAAGGACAAAGUAUGUGGAGGAUCUGAGAUCCAGAAUGAAGACAGCAUACCACCUUGCUCGGAGAGCUGCUGAGAGAGCAAGAGAAAAACAGGGCAGAUUCUACGACCUGAAAGUAAGGGGAGCAGAUUUGCAGGAAGGAGAUCGAGUCUUGGUGAAAGUAGUAGCAUUUGAGGGAAAGCACAAGAUAGCAGAUAGGUGGGAGGAAGAUCCCUAUCAGAUUGUGCGGCAACCUAAUCCAGAUGUCCCAGUGUUUGUCGUCAAACGGGAGGAUGGAACAGGCAGAACACGAAUUCUCCAUCGGAAUUUACUUCUGCCGAUAGGUUGCAUAGAUCCCGAAAUGCUAACUACUCCCUUGCGACCAGUUCCUAAGCCCAGAAGAAAGACACAACCAGAGAAGAAACAAAUCACAGACAAGAUAGUACAUCGGACUGAGGAAUCGGAUUCUAGCGAUUCUGAUGAAGAUUGUUUGUUUGUAGAGGUACCGGUACCUAACCCGACAGUGACACCCCCUAUAGAUGACCCACCCAUCAUCAAUGAGGAGGAAGUGCCACUUGAUGUACCCCAGCAACGACCAGAGAGGGAAGCCAUGGAUACCCUUUCACCCCGAGCUCCAGAGGGUGAUGGUCAGAUGCCUGUGGAGGAGGAAGUGAAAUAUUUACCUCGACGAUCUGCUAGGACCAAACAGCCACCAAAGAAGCUUGCUGACUACCAUGUAUAUCAGGUUACCCAUGACAGGAGAAGCAAGGAUUUAGAGACAUUCAGGGAAAUGCUAGAGGUCACACAUCGACCUGAAGAGAGAACUCUUUUAUUGAAAUGCUUUUCAGAUUAUGUAAAUAAAAUUUAAGUCAACUAUUUUUUAUGGAGUAUUAUCUUUCCUAACUAUUUGUAGCAAAUGACGAGGCCGUCAUUUCUCAACUGGGGGGAGUUUGUGGUAGUUGUACUUAGUUUAGUUUUAUAUUUUUAUAUUGCCAUUCACAUUCAUUCACUUCAAUACAUAUUGCGCUGCGCUACUUACUAACUUUGUGUUGUGUGUUAAAGAAACCUAAACACCCUUUUAAAUAUAAUGGUUUAAUCCGUAAGGGUCCAGUUAGAACAUAACUCGGAUUAGUUCAUGUAUCUCUUAGGUGUCAUACUUGUUCUGUCAUCUGAUUGGUCUUAGUAUUUUGUUCUAGCCAAUAGGAAUUCCUGGCGGGAAUUCCUGAGUUCUUUUUAUGAAAUAGUUCAGGAAAAUCUAGUUUUGAAAGAGAUUCCAAAGGGUGUUGCCACUAUUGAGUUCUAAAUAAGCAUAAAAUAUAUAUUUAAUUUAUAGAGGAUUUGCUAACACCAACAAUUGUAAGUAGCUGAUAGUUUUACUAUAUGAUUAAAACCAAGUAAUGAAUUUAAACAAGUAAUUAAACUUUUCUUUAUUCAUAAAACUUGUGUGCAAGUCAUGAGUGAAAGAUUUACUGAAAGUAGAAUUGUGGAAAAACAUAAUUUCUGUUCUUUAAGUAAAUAAUGAGUUUUAAGUAAUAUAAAUGCGCAGAGUGAUAUAUGUGUACAGAAUUUAGUAUUUUAGUAAAUUAUUCAAUAGGUCAUCAUAAGAGUUUUAAGCAGUUCACCUUGAUUUCGGAAGCUGUAGCUCAGUUCCAUAAACUGGGUUUGUUUUCAUUGUUUCCAAAAAGUAAACGAAUCUACGACCUUAA